AUGACGGAAAUGUUCGAAAUGGCCCGUAGGGUUACUAAAGCCGAUCUCGACGGCGACGUGAAAAAUAGGCUCGAGCAAUUGGAGGCAGCCGCUCAUGAGUCCAUCAGAGGAGGCUAUUCUACAAUCGAUAAGCUCCCAGACAAAGUUCUACAACAAAUAUUUUCCUAUCUAACCCCGUACCAAGUGAGUUUGAUUGUUGGAGUUGGAGCUAGACUUUGGCGAAACCCGCAGUUUCAGAUUCUACAAUCAGGCCAAGUCUGUAAACGAUGGCGAAACGUCGCAUGCAGUCCACUUCUAUGGAAAUUUGUGUCAUUCAGGCCGAACUACGGUGGCAUUCAGGUAUCGAACCACGACUAUUUCUUGCAAUUGAUCGGCACUCAAUUUUCUGAGCUACGAAUCGUCGAACUCACUACCGAUCUGAUCACACCAAAUGUCCUCUACGAGAUGGCUAAUAAAUGCCCGCGACUUCAACAUCUCACACUGGCAAUGCAACUCCACGAUUUCACCGAUUUGCAGUCUUUUCCGUCACGAUUGCGCAGCUUAACGCUCUGUUUAUCUGAAAACAUUUUCCUCGAAGGAUUCCUGAGAAAGGUUUACACCUUCAUUUCGUCAGUGGAACUUCUGCAUAUUAUUGGUGAGUACAAUGUUAUGGAAACAAAGAUCUAA